AUGCUUUCGGCGUUGUUAUUCGUAGUUGAAGCCUUUGUAUUUGAAAAACAAGACGCGAAACAAAAAUUACUUCGUGAAGCGUUUCAAAUCGUCUCCAAGCGUGAUUUGGAUUCGUGUAACUUCGUCGAAUACAAUGAGAACAAAUUAAUCUAUCGUCAUUAUGCAACGCUUUAUUUCGUAUUCGCUGUUGAUUCAACUGAAUCAGAAUACGAUAUUUUCGAAAUGAUUCAUAUGUUUGUGCAAUGUUUAGAUCAGAAUUUCGAAAAUGUCUGUGAAUUGGAUUUGAUAUUUCAUUCCGAAAGAGUGAAUCAUAUCUUAAAUGAACUUUUCAUGGAACGACAAGAAUCCGGGGUUCUAACACAAAUGGGAUCAAAAAUUAAAUCGGUGGUGGAUACAAAGACUGAAAAAUUCAAAGCCGACGUCGAAAAACGAUACGAUUAA